CCUGUUACCAGCAGGAUGCCUUAUUUUGCAAAACUGCUUUUAUUAAUCUUCUGCUUAGUUCUUCUUGUGGAAAGCAGAAAGCACAGGAGGAGGAGGUGGACAAGCCAGCUGGAUGUGCAGAGGGCAAGUCACAUCUACAAAAGGAACCAUGACAUGACCAAAACCUGGAAAGGAAAGACAGAGCAGCUUCUCAGAGUCGAUGACCACGACUUCACCAUGCGGCCAGCUUUUGGAGGCCCUGCGAUUCCUGUUGGGGUGGAUGUGCAAGUUGAAAGCUUGGAUAGCAUUUCUGAGGUUGACAUGGAUUUCACUAUGACUCUGUACUUAAGACACUACUGGAAGGAUGAGCGUCUCUCAUUUCCCAGCACCACCAACAAGAGCAUGACCUUUGAUGGCAGGCUGGUGAAGAAGAUCUGGGUCCCUGAUGUCUUCUUUGUGCAUUCCAAAAGGUCCUUCAUUCACGAUACUACCACGGACAACAUCAUGCUGCGUGUGUUCCCUGAUGGUCAUGUCCUCUACAGCAUGAGGAUCACAGUGACAGCAAUGUGCAACAUGGACUUCAGCCGCUUCCCCUUGGACUCUCAGACGUGCUCUCUGGAGCUGGAAAGCUAUGCUUACACUGAUGAAGAUCUGAUGCUGUAUUGGAAAAAUGGGAAUGAAUCUCUGAAAACUGAUGAAAAGAUUUCUUUGUCUCAGUUUUUGAUACAAAAAUUCCACACUACAUCAAGACUGGCUUUCUACAGUAGCACAGGGUGGUACAAUCGCCUCUAUAUUAACUUCACUUUACGCAGACACAUCUUCUUCUUCUUGCUCCAAACCUACUUCCCUGCCACCCUCAUGGUCAUGUUGUCCUGGGUGUCCUUCUGGAUCGACCGACGAGCAGUUCCUGCCAGAGUCUCUUUGGGCAUAACCACUGUGCUGACCAUGUCCACAAUCAUCACUGGGGUGAAUGCCUCCAUGCCUCGUGUUUCCUACAUCAAAGCAGUAGACAUCUACCUGUGGGUCAGUUUUGUGUUUGUCUUCCUCUCGGUGCUGGAAUACGCGGCUGUGAAUUACCUGACUACAGUGCAGGAGCGGAAGGAGAGGAAACUGCGGGACAAGUUUCCAUGUACGUGUGGAAUACCUCAUGCAAAAACUAUGAUGCUGGAUGGAAACUACAGUGAAUCUGAUGCCAACAGCCUGGCAGGAUAUACAAGAAACCAGAUGGCCCCAGAGGAAGAAAAACAAGAAAAGAUGGUUGUGCACUUAACUAUGAGCAAUGAAUCUAAUUCAUCAAGGAAGAGAGGCCUGAAGGGCCAUGUGGGCUUGCGCAUAAUCCAGAACACUCAUGCAAUUGAUAAAUACUCAAGAUUAAUAUUUCCAGGCACCUAUAUAUUUUUCAAUCUGAUAUAUUGGUCUGUCUUUAGCUAA